UCCCAUCCCACCCAGAUGCCAGUGAGCCUCUCCACGGCGCUGCGUGUCGUCGGGACCAGCCUCUUCGCGCUGGCGGUGCUGGGGGGCAUCCUGGCCGCCUAUGUCACCGGGUACCAGUUCAUCCACACGGAGAAGCACUACCUCUCCUUUGGGCUCUACGGGGCCAUCCUGGGGCUGCACCUCUUCAUCCAGAGCCUUUUUGCUUUCCUGGAGCACCGACGCAUGAGGGCUGAGGGACAGCCGGUGCGAUUGGGCCGCUCCGUGGCCCUCUGCAUCGCCGCCUACCAGGAGGAUCCCGAUUACCUGAAGAAGUGCCUGCGCUCUGUCAAGCGCAUCGCCUUCCCUGACCUCAAAGUGGUGAUGGUGGUGGAUGGCAACAGCCCGGAUGACACCUACAUGCUGGACAUCUUCCACGAUGUGAUGGGCUCCGAGCGCGUGGGCAGCUACGUCUGGAGGAGUAACUUCCACGCACGGGGCGAGGGCGAAACAGAGGCUGGGCUGCAGGAAGGGCUGGCCCACGUGCAGGCUCUGGUGCGCGGCACCACAUACUCCUGCAUCCUGCAGAAGUGGGGCGGGAAGCGCGAGGUGAUGUACACGGCCUUCCGGGCACUCGGAGACUCCGUGGACUACAUCCAGGUGUGUGACUCAGACACAGUGCUGGACCCCGCCUGCACCGCCGAGAUGCUCCGCAUCCUGGAGUCCGACCCCCGUGUCGGUGGCGUCGGUGGCGAUGUCCAGAUCCUGAACAAGUACGACUCGUGGAUCUCCUUCCUGAGCAGCGUGCGGUACUGGAUGGCCUUCAACGUGGAGCGUGCCUGCCAGUCCUACUUCGGCUGCGUGCAGUGCAUCAGCGGCCCGCUGGGCAUGUACCGCAACGCGCUGCUGCAGCAGUUCCUGGAGGACUGGUACCACCAGACCUUCUUGGGCACCAAGUGCAGCUUUGGGGACGACCGGCAUCUCACCAACCGCGUGCUCAGCCUGGGCUACCAGACCAAGUACACAGCACGCUCCCGCUGCCUGACGGAGACGCCGACACGCUACCUGCGCUGGCUCAACCAACAGACCCGCUGGAGCAAGUCCUACUUCCGUGAGUGGCUCUACAACGCGCUGUGGUUCCACAAGCACCACCUCUGGAUGACCUACGAGUCGGUGGUGACCGGCUUCUUCCCCUUCUUCCUCAUCGCCACCGUCAUCCAGCUCUUCUACCGCGGGCGCAUCUGGAACAUCCUCCUCUUCCUGCUGACGGUGCAGCUGGUGGGCAUCAUCAAGGCCACCUACGCCUGCUUCCUGCGUGGCAGUGCUGAGAUGAUCUUCGUCUCCCUCUACGCCCUGCUCUACAUGUCCAGCCUGCUGCCCGCCAAGAUGUUUGCCAUCGCCACCAUCAACAAGUCGGGCUGGGGCACGUCGGGCCGCCGCACCAUCGUGGUCAACUUUGUGGGGCUGCUGCCGGUGUCGGUGUGGGCGGCCGUGCUGCUGGGCGGCCUGGCCUACACAGCCUACAGCCAGGACCUGCUCAGCGACACCGAGGUUGCCUUCCUCGUCUCGGGUGCCGUCCUCUACGCCUGCUACUGGGUGGCCCUGCUGACGCUCUACUUGGCCAUGGUGGCGCGGCGCUGCGGGAAGCGGCAGGAGCAGUGCGGGUUGGUCUUUGCCGAGGUGUGA